AUGGCAUUGGGAAUGAAGGUUUUAGGAAAACGACAGUGCAAGACAGAGUGGGUGUUUGCAGGGUGGAAGACAAGCCACUUCCAGAUGACAGGAGGAGUCCAGAGAGGCAGCUACACCAUCCACCCUGAGUUUACCUCAGAGGCUUACCCUACCCAGUGGCACUGA